CUGACGGUCUGUUAUGACUUUUUAAUAAAAAACGCAAUUGUAAGAUCAAGAAACAAUUAUCGAUGAAACGAAAAUAAUAUAACAAAUUAUUAAUAGUGUGAUUUGCAACAAAUAAAUUCCUAUUAUUAAAUUUAACUUUUUUGCAAUGGGUGAACAUAGACACGUUUGGAGAAUAGUAUUCAGAAAUUUUAUAAAUUCCCUUAAACCACGACAAAUUCAAGGAAAAAAUAUAGGCAAAGAUUAUAUUGGAAAUGUUUACUAUGAAAUCCCUGCAGAUCCGAGUAAAGGAAAGAGGAAGCCUUCACGUUGGUAUGACCCACCGAAGGGUCUUGAUUUUCAAGAUCCAUUACCUGCUGAAUGGGAAGCGUGGCUAAGAAUGAGGAGAAUAGAACCACCAACAGAAGAAGAAAUAGCAAAGAACCUUGCCAUUGCAGAAAUGAAGAAGGUUAAUGCUGCGAAGAUUGAAAAGCAGAGGUUGAUAGAUGGUGGUUCUCUACCAGAACCAGUAGAAAAAGGUCAUGAAUCGUUUCCAACUUAUUCAGAAUUCACCCCUGGAGAUCCAACCAAUAAAUAUAGAAAUUGAAACCUGAACACAGUAUAUAGUAUUUAUUAUUGUAAA